AUGUCGGGCGAGGAUGGCCCGGGGGCGGGCACCGGGGCGGCGGCGGCAGCGGCCCGCGAGCGGCGGCGGGAGCAGCUGCGGCAGUGGGGGGCGCGGGCGGGCGCCGAGCCGGGCCCCGGGGAGCGGCGCGCCCGCACCGUGCGCUUCGAGCGCGCCGCCGAGUUCCUGGCGGCCUGCGCGGGCGGCGAUCUGGACGAAGCGCGCCUGAUGCUGCGCGCGGCCGACCCCGGCCCGGGCGCCGAGCUCGACCCUGCUGCCCCGCCGCCCGCCCGCGCAGUGCUGGACUCCACCAACGCCGACGGCAUCAGCGCUCUGCACCAGGCCUGCAUCGACGAGAACCUGGAGGUGGUGCGUUUCCUGGUGGAGCAGGGAGCCACGGUGAACCAGGCGGACAACGAGGGCUGGACGCCCCUGCACGUGGCCGCCUCCUGUGGUUACCUGGACAUCGCCAGGUACCUACUGAGCCACGGGGCCAACAUCGCCGCGGUGAACAGUGAUGGGGACCUGCCCCUGGACCUGGCCGAGUCUGACGCCAUGGAGGGGCUACUGAAGGUGGAGAUUGCCCGCCGAGGUGUGGAUGUGGAAGCAGCCAAACGGGCCGAGGAGGAGUUGCUGCUUCACGACACAAGGUGCUGGCUGAACGGGGGCGCCAUGCCAGAGGCCCGGCACCCCCGCACGGGGGCCUCUGCCCUGCACGUGGCCGCCGCCAAGGGCUACAUCGAAGUGAUGAGGCUGCUCCUUCAGGCCGGCUACGACCCGGAGCUGCGGGACGGGGACGGCUGGACGCCCCUGCAUGCCGCAGCCCACUGGGGCGUGGAGGAUGCCUGCCGCCUGCUGGCGGAGCACGGCGGGGGCAUGGACUCGCUGACGCACGCGGGGCAGCGUCCCUGUGAUCUAGCAGACGAGGAGGUGCUGAGUCUGCUGGAGGAGCUGGCCCGGAAGCAGGAGGACCUUCGGAAUCAAAAGGAAGAAGCCUCCCAGAGCAGGGGCCAGGAGCCCCAGGGCCCCUCUAGCAGCAAACACCGAAGGAGCUCUGUAUGUCGUCUGAGCAGCCGUGAGAAGAUCUCCCUGCAGGACCUGUCCAAGGAGCGCCGGCCCGGUGGGGCAGGGGGGCCCCCAAUCCGGGACGAGGAUGAGGGAGAAGAAGGCCCCUCAGAGCCACCCCCUGCAGAAUCCAGAACCCUCAACGGUGUCUCCUCCCCGCCACCCUCUAGCCCUAGGAGCCCCAUGACCCCCGACGAGGCCCCCUUCUCCACGCGCUUUGGCCUCCAGAAGACAGGGAGCUCUGGGGCCCUAGGUCCUGCGGAGAGGCGGGGCGCCGAGGGUGCCUCGGGGGCGGGGCUGCAGCGCUCCGCCUCCUCGUCCUGGCUGGAAGGGACCUCCACUCAGGCCCGGGAGCCCCGUCUUGCCGGAAUUACCCCCACCCGCUCCUGGAAGGUGCCGGAGUCCUCUGCCCCGAUUCCGGAGCCUGAAUCCCCAGUGAAGCCAAAUGUCCCCGUAGCUUCUGCAGUGCCCCCAGCGGACUCCCGGGACCGCCGGAGGUCCUACCAGAUGCCUGUGCGGGAUGAGGAGUCUGAAUCUCAGCGGAAAGCUCGCUCUCGCCUCAUGCGCCAGUCUCGGAGGUCCACACAGGGUGUGACUCUGACAGACCUUAAAGAAGCAGAGAAGGCUGCAGGAAAGGCCCCAGAGCCAGAGAAGUCGUGCCUGCAAAGCCUGGACCCUUCCCGGCGACCCCGAGUCCCUGGGGUCGAGAACUCUGAAGGCCCUGCCCAGAGAGCAGAGGCGCCCGACGGCCAAGGGCAAGGACCCCAGGCCUCCAGGGAGCACCGCAGAGUCAGCAAGGAGCGGCGGGGACCUGCGGAGGGGGAGGAGGCGGAGCCGGCGCGUGCAGACCGCAGCCCAGGAUCCAGCACUCCCGAGGGCGGCCCCUCUUCCCGCAGGCAGCGGGACCUCAACCCGGAACCAGAGCCAGAAUCAGAAGAGCCUGAUGGAGGCUUCAGGAAGCUGUAUGCAGAGCUGCGCGGUGAGAACGAACGACUUCGCGAGGCCCUGACCGAGACCACACUGCAGCUGGCGCAGCUCAAGGUGGAGCUGGAGCGCGCCACGCAGAGGCAGGAGCGAUUUGCAGAGAGGCCUGCCCUUCUGGAGCUGGAGAGAUUCGGGCGCAGGGCACUGGAGCGGAAGGCAGCGGAGCUGGAGGAGGAGCUUAAGGCCCUGUCCGACUUCCGGGCCGACAACCAGCGACUCCAGGAUGAGAACGCAGCCCUGAUUCGCGUCAUCAGCAAGCUCGCCAAGUGACUCUGGACGAGGCCCUUCCCCCGCACCCGUAUUUAUACAGCUGCUUCCGCCACAUGCACCCCUUCCUUUGCGUGGACGCGAGUGACAGGGCUCCCGGGGAGUCUCUGAGAAGCCAUAACCUCCCUUCGGGACCUCCAGACUGGGAGGGGAGUACAGAGUCCCCAGGAGCCAAGGGGGGCCAUCCGAGGCCAGGAUGGAGGCGGAGGCCGAGCCAGGUAGGGGGACGUCGCUGAGGGGGGACUGGGGCUGGAGGCGGGACCAGGAAGGAGCCGAGGACCAAGAAGCGCCAGGGCCAGAGUGGCCGCCGAGAGGUCCCCCUCACGUGUGAUGCCACCCUCACCACCCCUCCCGCUCCUGAACAGGGACCCGAGAAUGUGCCAAUAAUCCCUCCGGCCUCGGCCUGGUGGGCCUGUAUAUAGGGUCCGUGUGCAAUAGGGAGGGAUGUCUUCUAUUUUUUGCUGCCCCCUCAUGGCCCACUGUCUGGGGCAGGGGGAGAAGGUAUUUUCGAGAUAAAGCACAGGCACCACAAAUAAAAGUCGUGAAGUUGCCGCUCAGCGGCUGCGUCCUUGGCGG